AUGGGCUUCUUCUCAACCGCGAAGGCGGCCCCGGUCGCAAAUCCGCCUCCUGCAAACGAGCAAGAGCUUGCGGAUGUGAUCGCCACAACGCGCGCCCUGCUUGAUGACGCCUCAGAGGUGGACCGCCUGCUGCGGGUCGGCGGGGAGGAGCCGCUAACGGCCGGGCAGGUCAGGCGUUGGCUCUCCGGCCGCGACUGGGAGCCAGCGCGCGCCGCGCGCGACCUCGCCGCGCAUGCUGCGUGGCGUGCGCAGUACGCGCCCCAGGGGCGUGUCCUGGAUUGCGAGGUGGCCAACGAGCUGGCGCAGAACAAGGUGCUUAUCCAGGGACUGGACCGCAACGGCCGCGCGGUGAUCAUGGUGCUCGGCGCGCAGCACGUCCCGAGGUGA